ACGUUUGUAAAUGUGUGUAAAAUGACCUCCCGGUACAUUCUAUUUCAUUAUUACAAAUCUUUGUAGCCGAGAAUGGCAAGUGAUGUGUGUGGACUACAUAGUAUGCCACGCUAUCUAUAAAUACCCCCUGAGUUAAAGACAGUCAUGGACAGCUGCAGGAACUCCUAUCGGUGUAGACCAGAUAGCUGCUCUAUUGCUCUGCCUCCUCUCCCUCUCUUUCUCUCUGGACUGUGCAGUGGAAACAGGCGUUCCUUUUUCUAAUCUCUUGUGCUGUGGGGAUCGAGCAGGGAUCGAUCCCUCCCACAAAAACAUCCAACACUGACAAGGACCUACGACAAACCUGACAGGAAAACAAGAUGGCUGCCUUGUCGAUAGAUCCUGUGGAACAGCCCAGGAUGUACCAGCAAACCCUGCUCCAGGACGGUCUCUGUGACCUGCUGGAGAACGAGAAAUUUGUUGACUGUGUUCUGAAGAUCCAGGACAAGGAGUUUCCGUGCCACCGCCUGGUUCUCGCUGCUUCCAGCCCCUUCUUCAAGGCUAUGUUCCUUUCCAACUUGGAGGAAGGAGGGAAGAGAGAGAUCAUCCUGAAAGACGUGGAGCCUGGCAUCAUGGGAAUGAUUCUCCGCUACAUCUACACGUCAGACAUCAACCUGACGGAGCAGAACGUCCAAGAUAUCUUCAUGGUGGCCAACAUGUACCAGAUACCAUCCAUCUUCUCUGUAUGCGUCACCUACCUACAGGAGAAGCUGGUGCUGGGGAACUGCCUGGCUAUCUUCAGGCUGGGGAUCCUGUUGGACUGCCCUCGCCUGGCAUUCACAGCCAGAGAGUUCAUCUGUGAGCGCUACCAGGUCAUCGUCAGGGACCAGGACUUCCACCAGUUGGGUCCCAGCGAGCUGGCAGCCAUCAUUACUGCCGAUGCGCUUAACGUGGAUCGAGAAGAAGUGGUGUUUGAGUCCUUAAUGGAUUGGGUGGGCUAUGACAAAGAGGAGAGGAUGAAGGAGCUACCCAAACUCCUCCACUGUGUCCGUUUCCGCUUGAUCCCAGUGGAUUACUUCGAGACAAAGGUGGAAGGUCACAAGUGGAUCCAAGACAACACAGAGGUCAAGAAGGAGCUACAGCUAAUCAAAGAUGCCCACAAAGGAAAACUCCCAGAGGUCAAGAGGUCAGGGAAGAGGAAAUCCAAGGUGAAGGGAGAUGAUGAUUCUGAUGAGGAAGGGCUGCUUCCAGGAAUCCUGAACAAUAAUCCAAGGUUUGGGAUGUUUCAGACAGACCUGAUUCUGAUGAUCAGUGAGAGAGGGAGUGUUGCAUAUGACCCAGUCGCAAACGAGUGCUUUGUAGUGUCGGAGUCCACAGAGAUCCCUAAGAACCACUGCAGCCUAGUGACCAAAGAGAACCAGGUCUUUGUGGCUGGAGGAUUCCUCAUCAACGAAAACAACACAGAGGAACCGUUCAGCUCAUAUUUCUUACAGUUUGACCCAGUGAGUGGAGAGUGGUUGGGGAUGCCCCCAUUGCCUGGCCCUCGCUGUCUGUUUGGACUGACUGAAGCUGAUAACUCCAUCUUUGUUGUGGGUGGCAAAGAGGUGAAGGAAGGGGAACAUGUUCUGGACUCUGUGAUGAUCUACGACAGACAGUCGUUUAAAUGGGGCGAGUCAGACCCUCUUCCCUACACAGUCUACGGUCAUGGAACAGUUUCACAUAAUGGCCUUGUCUACGUUAUAGGAGGAAAGACAGAAAGCAAGAAAUGCACACGGAGGGUGUGUGUCUACAACCCCACAAAGUUUGAGUGGAAGGAGCUAGCUCCCAUGAAGCUGGCUCGUUCUCUUUUCGCCGUGACGGUCCACAAAGACCAGAUCUACGUGGCCACGGGCGUCACAGACUCUGGUCUCACCAACGCCGUGGAGAUCUACGACAUCGCCACCAACAAGUGGUCAGAUUUUGCUGAGUUCCCCCAGGAGCGCAGCUCCAUGAACAUGAUCACCAUGGGGGGUUCUCUGUAUGCUAUCGGGGGCUUUGCCAUGAUGCCCAGCGAGACCAGUGACGAACUACAGCCCACAGAGAUGAAUGACAUCUGGAGAUUUGAAGAGGACUGUUGGAAUGGAAUUUUGAGAGAGAUCAGUUUUGCUGCAGGAGCCACAAUCCUCACAGUGAAGCUCAAUACACUUCGUCUCACUAAGAUGUGAUCACUAUGUAUGAACUGCUACAAUAAAACUACAGAAA